CCCAAGCUCACUAUAAUCCCAUUGCCAUCGAACCUGGGGGUUGAUAGAUGCAGACGAUGCAUGGCAGAGGAUCUGAUUCCCCUGGAGAUGUCACUUUGUGAAGGGCAGGCCAAUGAUGCCCUUCACAAUCUCCGCAUUUACCUUUGCAACAAGGCCAUCCUGUUCCAAACAACUGUUAGGCAGGCCAAAUCCCAGGCCCUGAAAACUCGAGCUUGGUCCCAGGUGACGUCGGUGCAGCAGGCAGUCUCCCUCCAUGCCAGCAUAUAUACAAAGACAAGGAAGCAAAUGAUGAAACUUGAGCCAGGGCAAGACCAGCUUCAGAAAUACAAACCCCUGCUUCGCGAGCAACUCAAAAUCAGCACAGCAGUGGGCGACCCAAAUGUCCGAGGUCAACGAAAUGAAUCUUUGGCUUGGUUUUGGUCUGUUGAAGUCGACCUUGGGGGUCCCGAUCAAUCGUGGAAUGAGGAAUGUGAGUUUCUGCUUGCAUUCCAUUGGCUGAGGGCAAAGGCACCACGGGAUCAAUGGAAGGAAGAAAUGCUAUUGGUCAAAUUGGAGAUGGAUUGGACAUGUAAGUUCUUUUUGUGA